CGUUUCAGUGAGCAACUAAGUCUCCUUGAGAACUCCGCGGAAUAUCACACCCGCAGAAAGCGUCAAAUCCAUGAAUAUGCUACUCGGUGGGAGAACAACAAAGUUUAUUACUAUUUCGACGCAAGCAUCAAUUCUACCACUCAAGCCUACGUUAGGACGGUCUUGAAGUACAUCCAGGCUCGUACCUGCAUCGAUUUUAUUGAAGAUGCUACAGCAACGAAUCGUAUAAGAGUGUUCAAUGGAGGUGGCUGUUACUCCAGCCUUGGAAUGGUUGGAGGCGAGCAAGACUUAUCGCUAGCUGGAUACUGUAUCGUUGUGGGCACUGUAGCCCAUGAAUUCACGCACGCUCUCGGAUCACUGCACAUGCAAAGUCGGAACGAUAGGGACACAUACAUUACAGUCGACACUACUAAUGUGAAGGUCACAUUUCAAAUGAACACGGAUAUCACAUCUGCUCGACCCGAAGCUGUUUGGCGCCCGCGUAUCUGGCAUUGGCGCGAGGCGGUUUCGUGUGGUGUAAUAAUCGUGCCAGACGAAUCGAAGAUCGGACCCAAACCUCCAAAUCUAGGGCAGAAGGUAUAUGGGAGCCAAUUCAACAAGGCAACAUAUACAAUCAACAAUACGCCAUACGAAUACGGCAGUGAUAUGCAUUACGGUGCCGACACAUUCACCACAAGUGGCAACUCAAUGAUACCUAAAGAUGCCAGAUAUCUGCGCACACUGGGCUCCAAAACUAUCUCAUUCUACGAUAUCAGGAUGAUCAACUGGUUCUACAAAUGCAACGGUUAG